AAUCCUAUUGAAGCCUGUUUGCUUACGUUUGCUGCUCAAAGGCAACUUUUAGCGAACGCUUCAUUUGACCCUAAAAGUUGGCAUUCGGAGACUCUUUCGCAAAUGUUUCCUAUCACGGCCCCUAGUGUUGAUAAACUUCUAGAUUCGCUUACUUCGCGCCCAUAUCGAACUAUGCGUUCGGUUAAGAUGCUUUAUGACUUCAAUUAUAGAAUAUUAAAUCGAAUGAAAUCAAUUUGUAAUGCUAUGGAAAAAUGCGAAACAGAGCUCCCUAUUAAAGAAAGAUGGUCAAAGUUAGUCGUGUUUCUCCCAGAAAAAUUACGCUGGAUCCACAAUUAUGAAAUUUUAAAUCUUCUUAAAUACGCUGACGGAAAUCCAAAUAUACCCUUCUACCAACAAGACCGCGAACAGCUUUAUAAGAGCAUUUUAUUUGUGGAGCGUGUGAUGGGUCCUUUUGAAACGUUUGCUAUGAACUGUGGCCUUAAAUCAAGUGAGCAAUCUGAUGAUAUGCCGUUUCAGCGUUUGCUAGAAUUGGAUCAGGAAAUUAAAAGCUAUGCUGGUAUGUUUGCCUCAGAAGAACGUGUUAUUUCACCAUCCCCGGAACAAGCAUCCAAAGUCGAGGAGGAGCCUAUCGAAUGUAUUAAGACAUGUAAAAGGAAGCUGCAAAGCGUGGACCUAAACUUUUCUUCAUCUCUGCGAUUUAAAUGGCUUGUUCAAUAA